AUGGGCGGCAGUGACCUGCUGCCGCGGACCACACGCACAUCCUACUCAAGAGGAGCCGUGCCCUCCGCAAGCAACCAAUCCGCCGCCUUGCAGCCCGCCUUUCUGCGAGGAUACCGGCCCGGAGUCCCGUUCCAAGCGAAAUCCUCACCGCAUCCGCACCGGGCCACCCAGGACCUCAACCAGCAGGAAUUGCCUUCCCCGCAAAACGCCCAGAGGGUGUGGCAGAACAGCUAUGUCUAG